CUAUUGGGAAAAACUGUACUCUGAAGGAUUUUAUUCCAUGCUAAAAGUUCUUCUACUUCGAAAGCCGGUUUGAUCCCCCUCCGACCCGUAACUGCAUGCCGAGGGCUAAUUGCAUAACCAUAAGUUGAAGUCAUGACACAGAAAAUGCCUUCGGGAUCGAAGGGUCCAGGUGGGGCAUCUUUACAAACAAGUUGUCUGCACUUCAGCAUCUAGCCGGUAGCACUCUCCCAGUAACACCUGUACCGACAACACAAACGCCAGGCAUUUCCUCCAACACUUCGUUACCUCUACUCCAAAAAUCACCAUGUCCAGUGAAGUAGUCUUUGACUUUGACUAUCUAACUCGUCUGGAGGACUCUUCCAGGAAACUGGAGUCCUCCCCGCAAGAACGAUUCGAGAUGAUGCUAAAGGCCCAGAGGGAGGUAGACACCUACCUGGAGCAGCUGAACCUGGACCAUCCCAUGGGAUGGGUGAUACCGCCUGAAGAAACACAGGUGCAGUCAGAUCUGGGCCAAGACAAGCUGGUACAGUCGGGUCCGGGCCAGGCACAGUCGGGUCCGGGCCAGGCACAGUCGGGUCCGGGCCUGGCACAGUCGGGUCCGGGCCAGGCACAGUCGGGUCCGGGCCAGGCACAGUCGGGUCCGGGCCAGGCACAGUCGGGUCCGGGCCAGGCACAGUCGGGUCCAGGCCAGGCACUAUUGGACCAGGAACCUCAUGAGACAGAGCCUCUCCCCAUACCGGAACAUGGCAUUGGUAUAGACAAAGUGCUUCGAGACUUCAGCCGCAUCGGCGAUCAGAUGGAACGAGAGGGUCACCCCGGUCACAUGGCGUACGUACCGGGCAACUCCACUGCCCCGGCCGCCAUCGGAGACUUCUUAGCUGCCUCCUUUAAUCCAUACUCACUCAACGUCGCCUCCUGUCGAAGAGCAGUGAAAAUGCAGCAGGUGAUCGUGCAGUGGGUGGGACGGCUUUUCGGGUACCCUGACACGUGCGCCGGGAACCUGACGUCAGGGGGUACUGUGGCUACCAUGGUCGCCAUGGCAACGGCCAGAGACAAGAAAGUGCCAUCAAGUCAAGACUACCACAGGUGUGUGUUAUACGUGAGUGAACUGACACACGACGGUGUCGCCAAAUGUCUGUCCACCCUGGGGAUGCGGGAGGCCAUGGUCAGAAAGGUGCCGGUGGAUGGCCGGUACAGAAUGGACGUCAACUUGUUGCGCAAGUUCAUUGAAAAUGAUGUGCAGAACAACCUGCUCCCGUUCCUCGUGGUGGCGACUACAGGGACGACCGACGUGGGCUCCGUGGAUCCCGUUCCCGCCAUUCGAGCCGUCGCCACACAGUACAACAUGUGGCUGCACGUGGACGCCUGCUACGGAGGAUUCUUCGUGCUCUGUAACUCCGCCAAACAUCUGUUUGAAGGGGUGGAGACAGCCGACUCCAUUGCCGUGGAUCCUCACAAGGGUCUGUAUGCUCCAUUUGGAACCGGCCUAGUCCUCGUGCAAAAUGGUGCCUCACUGCGUGACUCCAACACCCGCCAUCAUGGAAGCUACAUGCAAGACCAGAGGACCAACCCAGAAGACUGGAACCCCGAAGACUUGACAUUUGAGCAGAGUGCACACUUCAGAGCCCCGAGGGUGUGGCUGCCUCUUCAGCUGUACGGAGUCGCGACUUUCCGAGAUGCACUCCAGGAGAAACUGGAACUGGCCAAGUACCUGUACCUCCGACUCAAAUGCCAACCACAUAUACAAGUCGUGGAGCCAGUUCUGUCCACCGUCCUCUUCCGUAUUCCCGGCGCGAGCGACAACAUCAACCGCAGCCUCCUGGAGGAGAUCAGCGCCGACGGACGAUUCUUCGUCUCGACCACGACAGUGAAAGGCACUCUGUACCUGCGAGCAUGUAUCUUCUGCUACAGGACCCACCGACAACACCUGGACGUCUUCAUCAACAAAGUCAAGAAAGCCAUUGUCAAGAUGGAAUUGGAAUGGGAGUUUUGUUAUGCGGGGUGAAGCUUCGUAAAGAUUCAUUGUAAAACCAAACUGCAUGCACAAGGAGGUUAAGAAUUCUUAGUAGAGGGUUAGUACGCAGCUAAGUGUGUUGUGGGUAAUGGAGUACUCAGGUAUGUCAAAGGUGAAGCCCAAAACUUAUGCUCGAACUGUCAAAGUAUUAGCAGAUAUGUGGCGGAAAAUAUUGAAUGUGUAUUUUUUGCAACCUUCAUGCCGUUAUUAUGAAUUCUAUGAUUUUGGUAUUGGCUGGGCUGGAACCUUUGGUGAUGCUUGCAAUAGUGCCAUCUACUGGUUAUUCUUAGUAUUGCAUAAGACUGAAAUACAUGAUCGUACCAAGGACGAUAUAACGUCCUUGAUCGUGCACACAUGCUACAAAUCUGACAUGUUCAGGUUGGACUUCCUUUGUGAAAAUAAAUAUUAAAGCUUUUACUACAGCUUUACGUGUACAGUU